AUGGCGUCACGGUUGCUGCUCCGGCUCCGCACCUUCCGCCGGGCUCCUCCUUCUCCGGCGCUUCCUCGCCUCGCCGGCGCUGGCGGUCUCCACCAUCGCUCGCCGCUGGAGGUGCGGCAUCAUCUUCAUGUCAUGUUGCCGCCGAGAGUAGCAGCCAACGGCAGGCGGUGGUUUGGAGGAGGAUCACAUGCCCAUUCGUGGUCGUCUUCCAAGUCAAAGCCACUCGGCCGCCUCAUCGUUGGGAACGUGAUCUCCGCCGCGUCCUUCUCCGCCGCCGGCCUUCUCACUGCCAACAAGAAGUCAGACAAGGAAUCGCCGCCAAUGGGGCCAAAUAACCAUGGAAGCAACAAGGACAAGAGGAACUGCACCGACGCUCUUAUCGCCAUCAAUUUCCUGGUUCACCUGGUGGACGUAGCAACAAAACGAAAGCUAUGUAUGCUGGGAGCUAAGAUUGGUGCAAAAGCAGUUUAUAUGUGGAGGCACCGGGAGUUUGUGGACAAGGCAAAUGAAACUCUAGUGGAUAUUGCACUUGUGGUUCUCAUUAAUCUGGCAAUUGGCCUCUUCUUAAAGCACGACAUUGACAACUGUGGACAUUUGGGAGGCUUGCUUGGGGGAGCGGCAGUCGAAUGGUUUGUAGGUCCACAUUGGAAGAAGCAUGCUGGGCCGUAUGCACGGGAGGCAUUCCAAGAUAGGGCACCCCUUGUUUGGUUCACGAACAGUUAG